AUGCAGAUGUCAGGGCCCCAUGUGCUGCCCGGGUACUAUGGCAUGAGGCGCACCUUCGACUCGGACUUUUGUUCUUCCACAAAACAGUUCUCCCCAGAUCUCUACUCCUCCAGCUUGGGGGGCAAAGCACUGGGCUGUGAGGCUCCCACCAUGAGUAGCUACUCUUCCCUCAUCGACAGCUACUACCCAGAAACCUUUGGGGACUACCGCACCGCCUCAGCCUUCUCAAGCACAGGGAGCUCUUUCCUGCCCCCUUCUGCCCUCUCCUCCCUGCUGCCCUCUUUCGGCAGCGACACCUCACACUUGUUUCUGAGAGACUCAUGGGAGCAGCCGGUCUCUGAGCCCGUGUCUCAGGUGGACCCUCUGUGCGGGGACAGUCUCGCGUCCAUGCCCAGCCCUGAGGCUCCAGGCAGCCCAUCCCAGUACCGCUCCCCCAGCCGAGGCUCCUCCAUGGCCUCCGUCAGCCAGCCGUACACCCUCCACACACUGGAAGAUGCCCACUACCACCCCCUCACCGCCACCUCCAGCAGCAGCCCUUACGCCAGCGCCCCGUCCUACGCCUGCCCCCCCUACAUCAGCACUCCAGAGCUCAUGUCCAAGAUGGUGAACGAGGACGGAGACGCGCACAGCCUGCCCCCCGCCAGCGAGAGCCAUUCGUCCUGGGCCAAAGAAGACACGGUCAGCUCUUGGUCUCCGUAUGAGAUCAGGAGAGCCUACUGA